AUGGCGACGAUGACGAUGCAGCUGGGCGGGCUGGUGCUGGCCGUGCUGGGCUGGCUGGGCUCCAUCCUCACCUGUGCCCUGCCCAUGUGGAAGGUGACGGCCUUCAUCGGCUACAACAUCGUGGUGGCCCAGGUCUUCUGGGAAGGGCUGUGGAUGAACUGCGUGUAUGAGAGCACGGGGCAGAUGCAGUGCAAGGUCUACGACUCCCUGCUGGACCUCACCUCUGACCUGCAAGCCGCCCGCGCCCUGGUGGUCACCUCCAUCAUCGUGGCCUUCUUCGCCCUCCUCACCGCCAUCUCGGGUGCUGACUGCACCCGCUGUGUGGAGGACAAGAACUCCAAGACGCGCGUCUCCAUAGUGGCAGGUGCCAUCUUCGUCCUGGCUGGCAUUGUGCUGCUCAUCCCCGUGUCCUGGUCCGCCAACAGCAUCGUCACCAACUUCUACAACCCCAUGGUGCCCGAGGCCCUGAAGAGAGAGCUGGGGGCUGCCCUCUACAUCGGCUGGGCCUCCAGUGCCCUCCAGCUCUUCGGCGGGGGCAUCCUGUGCUGCUCAGGGCCCCCAUCCCAGCGGGAUCACUACCCCAAGAAGUACCGAGCGGUGAAGAGCUGCAGCCCCAUGGGCUACCCCAUGAAAGACUAUGUGUGA